AUGGCACUCAGUUUCUUGGAAAUCGUGGACAAGAUUGACAGCUUUCCAUAUUAUGCAAAUGACCCUGCGGCCUAUCAGGAGUUCAUGAAAGACUACUUCUACUUCAUCAUCGAUGGGUACUCCAAGCCCUUGGGAUACGUUCACCACUCUAUCAUUGAGAGAGUCGACUGGCCUGACUAUUGGACCAUCGAUUCCGAAGCCCGGACCUUGCGCCUCUGCGUUCUAAACGAUCACAAUGCCUUCGAGGAGCGAUCCAAACUCGUGGAUGCCACAAUCUCGAUCGCGCAGAAGCAGGGAAAAAUCCCAGAGCUGUGCUGGAGAGGAGACCCGACUCCCGUCUACACGCAUGAGGGUGAGCACGUCUUCAACAUGAACGACCUAGGAAGUCAGCUCUUUGGCGUCAUCUCAUUUGGCGUGCACCUGAUUGCAUGGAAUCCCACAUCGCAAGGCAGGCAAUACUGGCUUCAGAGACGGUCCAUGAAGAAGCGCAUGCAUCCCGGGAAGCUCGACACGAUGGCUGGCGGGGGUAUGAAGCUCGGCGAGAAACCCCUUGAUGCGAUGGCCAGAGAAACGUUUGAAGAAGCCAACAUCCCGGUGGAGUUUUCCUUGUCACAUCUGAAAAAUUGCGGGGUGAUCUCCUAUCAUCUCGACUACAGCUUCUUGAAUAACCCGCUCUCCAUACCGCAUGCUUUGCAUGUCUUUGAAAUGGAGUUGCCCGCAGAUCUUGUCCCAGAACCAAACGAUGGGGAGGUGUCUUGUUUUGUUAGGAUGAGCGAGGCGGAAGUCAUGGAUCAAUUGUUCAAAGACGAUUUCAAACCUAUCGUGGGCAUACAAUGGGUGGCGCAUUUUUGUCGGAACGGAAUUUUAAACCCAGAGAAUGAGCCAAGAUUCCUGGAGAUCUCAUCAAGAGUACAUAGAAACCUUGCUCCCUUUAUAGUCUAA